CAGAGGCAGCAGUGAUGGCAGGCGCCACUGCUUUGCCACUUCAGGAAUUCAUCGCGUCAUUGGACAAUAACUGUCUGCCAAAAAUUUUGCAAGUUUGCUCUGGAGUAUAUUUCCAAGGUUCUAUAUAUGAAAUUUCUGGGAGUGAAGUGUGUUUUUCCACUGGGGAUCUAAUAAAGGUCACUAAAAUUGAGCUCCUAUCAGUUUCCUGUCAAGACGUAGCAAACAAUGAAACAUUUGAGCUGCCAAUCAGCCACACAGGCUUGUUCAGGGUCGUGCCAGAGGAGAUGCCGUACAGUACGGUAGAGGAGAUGGUCAGCAUGAGGCCAGUAGGCCUCGACUCCUCUCUUCCCUUCACUUUCUCCAGCCACUCCAAGAUGACCAUUGGCAAUCUAGCACUGGGAGCUGGGACAGCUUUGACUGUGCUCUCUGUUGAGAAACACAAGGAUCAAGAGGAUCAAGUCCGCUGCCUUAUUCGAGGACAACAAGAAGCCUCAGCUGAAGUGUGCAUCCCCGUUUCUUUCCGAGGGGAGUUCUACGAGUGUGAGAGUGAGGAGCGCUUUACCCUGCGGGAGAUCAUGUCCUCGUCGUCCCUGCGUAGCCGAAGGUUUCGCUUUGUCAAUGCUACCAAGUGUGAUCGGCUUCUUAUGCUCAGUCCAGUAUACCAUGUCCAGGCCGUCAUGAACUUGAGGAAGAAUGUGGUGAAGUUUCCAUCCAGCUUAGAAGUGGAUGUGGUCGAUGUCACCAAGCUGUGUAAAGAUGUGCAUUUUAUUGUACCCCUUUCUCUGAGUGAAGUCCACUCUGAGCCGAAUAAAUCAUUCCCUGGAGUGGUGGAGAUCAUCGAAGACCCAGAGACGCGCUCCCUGUUCAAGUGCAGCUGGCUACCGCAGCUUCGCAAGAAUGAGCAUCUGAUUUUUCACAAAAAAGGAACCUCGCCCAUGAUUUUAUUAUCCACUUUGAAAAGCAGGAAAACACCGCAGUACUUCCUGGUGUCUCAGCAAUAUGGUGGACGUUUCCGGAGACGGCCAAGAGAGUUUAAUUCAGUAUACGAGCUGUACGUUGCUUCAAUCCACGCGCCAGGUCUGAAGGUCAGCGUAACAAGGAACUGUGAGGAAGUGGAAGAGGAGGGACUCCCUGCCCUCAGUGUGGGGGAACAGCUUGAGGUUGUGCGCUGCGAUAGGAUGGUUUUACCCUGUGAAGGCAAAGCAGGACAGAAGCAGUCGGUAGAGGCUCUUUUGUGUUAUCGCCUUCAAGAGUCGGACGAUGAGGAUGAUGAUGAUGAUGAUGAUGAGGAUAAGGUGAAAAGGGAGGAUGAAAAGGAGGAGAUUAUUAUGCCUCUUUACAUGGAGGGUCACUUUGUGGAAGUACUCAGUGACAACAGGAAGUACAAACUCAGUGACUUGGGGAAGGAGUUUAACUUGCCUCUGGAUGUUAAAGUGGUGGGCCGUGAUACAGAACUCGAGAAGGAUCCCCUCUAUGGGUUUUCAUGUCUCAGAAUAGAGGCAGCUAUGUUGGAACCCACCAUUCAGGCAAGCUUUGUACACAAGCCAGAGUACUGUUUCGAGAUCCCAACGCAGUGGCUCUCAAUGUCUGUCUAUUUUACUACAGACCCCCUCCCAUGGCCCAAAGAUCAACCCCCCAAGUGUCAAGUGGAAAGAGUUACCGAAGUUGCAGACACAUUCUUUUAUGAGUUUCGCAAAUUUGGUAACUCAGACGCGGAGCCGCCACCUCGACCACCAAAGCGAAACAUGUCAUUUUCGGCACCUCCCAAAAAAACAAAGAAAUCAAAGAAGGCAAACAAAUCCAAACAUCAAGGAGAUAAAAGCGUCCCAACCAAACAGUUCAGCGACUUGACUUUGAAUAACAAAAAGAGGCCCCCCGCUCCACCACCUCCCGCUAAUGAAGAUGAGCCUCCACCACUUGUGCCCCGAAAGUUCUCAGCGGCUGACCAAACCAUAGGCAAGGCUCUGCCAAACACUUAUGUACAAAUGAAGGAGUCUACUAAAACAGGGAGUGUGCCUGAGGAUGAAAGUGGGGACAGUGACCAUGACUAUGAAACUGUGGAUGACACUUUGGCCGUUAUGAUGAAGAAAGCACAAGAAAAUGUUAUGUACUACUAAAUGAAAUAUCUUCUACAUCUUCUGCAACAGAGAAAAAUCCUGCUUGAGCAAUGAGAACUGAACUGUUGGCGAAGGUAUUGCAGAUUGUGAGUCCACUCACUGAAAAAAAGGUCUGAAUUGUUUUUUUUUAUUUUUGUGUUUGUUUUUUUUUUACCAACUAUAAGGAUGGAUGAAUUUAAUAUAUAGCUUGACAUAACUUUAAAUUAUUCAACAUAUUCCUGAGAGUAUACAAGCAAAGUUUCUCCGAUGAUCCAUGACAUAUUUUGAAGGAUAUAAAACUAUAAUAUAUAAUUUUACCCGCACCCCUCCCCCCAUCCUACAAGUGCUGUGCAGGGCUGGUUGGCAUGACAUCAUUUAGUAACAGCUUAGCCCAGAAUAAAUACAAACUUGGUGGUGUUUUCACAUGUUUUCUCACAUGGUCAGCAAAAUUUCUUUUUACCUCAUAACUUUAUACCCAGAACUAUACUUCACUGUUUUCAGUAAUCGUGUAUUCAAACUUUGAACACAUACCACUCUUGUAAUUUUAAACACUUUUUGUUGUACACAAACUUGUUUAGAAAUUGUUGAUUUAACCAUGUAGUAAUUGAGGCUAUGUUUAGGCUAGGUCCGUAUUUAUAUUGUGAGGUACUAAGUAGCUAGUUACUGUAUAUAAUACCUUCUUGUGCAUAGUUACAGCAACAAACUAUAGGAUAAUAUGCAGUCGAACAUGACACCAUAAAUUACAGCCUUUAAAAUUACCAGUGUUAAAUCAAUAACUUCUCUUAAAAAUGCAUAUUAAUAAGCUUCAAACUGGCUUCAAUGGAUUGUAUUCUGUUGCACAAGUAUACAACAUAUGUGUAUGUCAAACUCCUACUGCAUAGAUGCAAACUCUAAAGAGAAAUAGCUCACCCCACUCAUUGAUGGAAGGCAUUUGUCUAAACCGCAACAUUGUAACGCUGCAGCACCGGUAGCAGAAGCCGUCCCUCUAACCACAUCAAACUAUUUAUCUGUGAACAGAAAUGUAUUUGCCUUUUUUUUUUUAUUUUGCAAAUUAACUCCAGGGAGGAGUAGAAACAUUUUCACUGGAAAUAAAAGUAUGUUUUGCAUCUUUGUUAACCGAUGGACAACCCAUUUUGUGC